AUUGGUGGACGGUGCCGCGGGAUUUACACCGAGCCGGCGGCGCCGAUUGGUCGCGGCUGCGACCAAAACAACCGUCCCGCUGUCGUUGUCGUCGUCGAGUUUUGACGCGGGAGGUUAGGCGGCAGGGAAAUAAUUGAUAAAAACGGAGUUCCUCGAACUCUAAGUCGCGCGCAGACGGAAUUAUUGAUGAAGACACCGCACCAGAGACUGGUCAUGGUUGGCGAUCGCGACGGACUGAAAGAACUACUGAGACGCAGGCUGGUGGAGUGCGGCUGGCGGGACCAAGUGAAGCUGAUCUCGAAGGAGAUAAUAAAGGAGCACGGCCACGACAUCACCUACGACACGCUGCUGUCCGCGGUGACCAGCAAGGCCCGCACGCUCGUGCCGGACUCGGUGAAGAAGGAGCUGCUGCAGAAGAUAAAGAAUCAGUUGCUGGCUCAGGAGGAGAAGCUGAAGAUCAUGACGGACCGUUAGGAGUCUCGCUCGCGUUGUCGCCGAACGUUUUCCCACGGGCGCAAUGCGCCGAGUAUCGCCGAAGCGACGAACAAAUGACACUCUCCUAACGAUUUAUCGUGCGACAAGGUGUAACUGUUACGUUAAGCCGCAUCUGAAGCGCAAAAGGUCCGUGUCGACGAUGCUAGAACUCGGCCCAAGUUCUAGUCCCGAGAAAUGCGUGGCCAGUCGACUUGCGGCUUUUACGGAACAGCUGCGAGCUGAUUGACCACACAUUUCUCGAAACUGUAACUCGGACCGAGUUCCAGCAUCGUGGACGCAGGCCUUGAAGUGGCGCCAAAUGUGAUAUUUAACAAGUGACUGGUGUAUACACACGACAGAACUCUAACGGAACAGAAUCUAAUCGCGUACCCGAGAUGAGUUGGGAGAGUAUAAUUUGCAAUGACGUUUUUAUACACACAUGUAUUCUCGAAUGUACAAACGAUACGAAUAAAAUGUGACUUAAUUUCCUAA